CUGUUAAUGGGUGAUGGUUUGAGAGCUCCAAGCCAAUGGCUGAAAGGACCGAUUAACCAUUCCGGGGAAGCUUGACCAUGCCGCAACAAAGUGCGCUGCGGCUAAGUCACCGCGCGAUCCAGUCCAUCGGAGAGGUGCAUUUAAAUCAUUCACCAUUUCGAUUCCUGAACCUUUUCCUUGCGCACAAGUCUCUAGAAAGGACGCACGAUGAGCACCUCAACCAUGAGCCGGCUGGUGCCGACUGUUUCAAGACUGGCCGCAACACGAGUCGCCGUCACACGGCCAUCACUUGCGCCUCGAUUGUGUCGAUGGAACAGUGCAUCUAAGAGGACAUUCUCGUCCCGAUCGCCGUUAUAUGUGAAAAAGUACACGGAAGACCAUGAGUGGAUUGAACUCGACGCAGAAGGGAAGAUUGGCACAAUCGGAAUCACAGAGUACGCUUCCAAAGCUCUCGGCGACGUCGUGUAUGUGGAAUUGCCCGAGCUAGGAUUGGACGUUACAAAGGGCGACACUAUCGGCGCGGUCGAGUCGGUUAAGUCGGCGUCAGACAUCAUGACGCCCGUCUCGGGCACGGUUAAGGACCACAACAAGGUGUUGGAAGAGAAGCCCGGCACGAUAAACAAGAGUCCUGAAGGCGAUGGUUGGCUGGCUAAGAUUGAGGUUAGCGAUGCGAGUGAGCUGGACAGCUUGAUGAGCAAGGAAGACUAUGAUGCUUUUGAGAAGGAGUGAUAAAGAUGCUGUACUUGUGGCGGGGAGGGCGUAUUCAGCACGGUGAAGAUAUCAUCUACUCGGUCUGGACGAGUUGACGACCACGGGUCAUAUCCGACACCCAUUAAUGAAGCCACAGGUUCCAGGGCCAGAACGUUAGAGCCUCGAAGUUGAUGGUUAAAUUGCUCUGGCUACAAGAAACAGCUGACUGUCCAUGCGAUCAGGAGUCAUCAAUUUGACCUGUACAGCUUCAUUCUGUCAAUCUUCGAACCGACCAGCAAGUGAUACAGAGCGCCCUCAAUCCGACAAGCAAGAUCCCCUUUAGCGGCCAUUUUCGUGCGACCACAAUUCUCCAUUGAUGCAGUUAUCCUCCCUCGGCAUGAAACCCACUUUCGGUGGUAUCCUC